AUGUCAAAGUGUUUGUUUGCUCAAAAUCAAGUUGAAUAUUUGGGCCAUGUGGUGUCUUCGAGGGGCGUCGAACCAAUUGGGUCCAAAAUCCAGGCUAUUCAACAAUGGCCCAUUCCGCAGUCUACCCGAGCGCUACACAGCUUUUUGGGCCUCGCUGGAUUCUAUCAAUGCUUCAUCCACGGAUACGCUUCAAUUGCGGCCCCAUUGAAUCACUUGAUGACCAAAGACUCAUUUGUUUGGUCCCUCACUGCUCAACAAGCUUUUGAUAUGCUAAAAGAAGCUCUGACCACGGCCCCUGUUUUAUUGGAACUCUGUGCAAUCACUACUGCCGUCAAGAAGUGGCACCAAUAUCUCUUGGGCCAUCCCUUUGUCAUUCUAACUGAUCACCACAGUCUUAAAGAAUUGAUGACGCAGGUGGUCGAAACACCGAAGCAGCAGACUUACUUGGCCAUACUCCUCGGUUAUGAUUACCACAUUUAG